AUGUAUCCAUGGGCCUUUGACCACACUGAAGAACUGAGUGAGAUGUUCAGCUGCUUCUGCAGAGAUGUAGAUUCCACUGCAAUGCAUCAAUUACGGAGAAAUUUCUGGAUCAUCUUAGCUGUGACCAUCAUCAUUGUCUCCUUGGUCCUAGGCUUCAUCCUAUACUACCUCUGUAGGUGGUUGCUUAGAAAAGAUAAGAAGUCAGAGAUUACCAAGAACUUGAAACAAAACCAAAGAGAUGAAGAAAAAAUGUAUGCGAAUGUUCAUAGUCAAUUGUCAGUUCAAUUGCCACCCUUGCCACCUAGGCGUUUACUUUCUCCUGAAGAUGUUUCCCCACAGGAAGCCAUGAAUCAACUGCCAAAGACAUAUUCAUCAGUAAAUAAAGUUAGAAAGAAGAAGAUAGUUUCCAUUCCCAGCUAUUUUGAGCCUGAAGAUGAUUAUGAUGAUGUUGAAAUAUCUACAAAUGUGGCAAACAAUCAUUCUGAAACAACCAUUUCUUCUUUUUCGCAAAAUGGAAAGCAUUCGCACAACUUAUUUUAA